AUGCUAGAUAUAGAUAUAUCUGAAAUUCUUGAUCAUAUAUCUACACAAGUUAAUCGUUAUUUUUCCACUUUUAUUUUUCUUUUUGGUACUAUUGGUAAUUUACUUAAUUGUCUUGUUUUAUCUCAACCGUCUCUUCGUUCAAAUCCAUGUGCUUUUUAUUUUCUUAUUUCAUCUAUUGCAAAUAUUAUUUCCAUUACUUGUGGUUUACCUUCAAGAAUACUGUCUGGAUGGAAUAUGGAUAUAACAAAUACAAAUGCAUUUCUUUGUAAAAUUCGUGCUUUUAUGAUGUUCGUUUCGAGAUCGAUUGCUUUUUGGCUCGUAGCAUUUGCAGCAAUCGAUCGUUGCCUUUUAUCAUCUAAUCAAUGUCAACGACGACAAUUUAGUUCUUUAAAAAAUGCUCAACAAGGAACGAUUGUUAUUAUCAUCUUGUCUUUAUGUCUCUAUUGUCAAGUGUUGUAUUGUUAUGAUGCUAAUAUGAUUUCAGCACCACUCCAUUGCUAUGGUAAAACAGUCACAUGUCGUUUAGUAACUGAUUUAACAUAUGCAUUAGUCACAAUCUUAUGUCCAUUACUAAUUAUGUGCAUAUUUGGUUUGAUGACAUUAUCAAACAUACGUCGAAUACAUUCCCAUAGGUUAUCACAAUCAGAAUUAAUUGAAACAAGUGAAAAUAAUAGAAAAAAAUUAAAAUCAACAAAUCUUCAAACACGAAAAAGAAAACGAAUUGAUCGACAUUUACGUCAUGUACUUUUUAUUCAAAUUAUAUUUUCAACUAUUCUCACAAUUCCACAAGGUAUUGAAAAAUUAUAUACAACAUUAACAAUGAAUCAAAUGAAAUCAUCAUUAAAUAUAACAAUAGAUAAAUUUAUAUAUAAUUUUGUUCUUCUAUUAACAUAUCUUGCAAGCGGAAUGCCAUUUUAUAUAUAUACAUUAUGUGGUGGAAAUACAUUUCGUAAUGGACUCAUGGAACUAUUCAAAACAAAAUAA